AUGGGGUUUGGAGUUCUUGAGUCGCGAUCGGGCCUGAAGCAUGUGCCAGGCACCACACUCCUCGAUACCCACAAUACAAGUGGGGCUACUGGGAAGAACUCUCACGUUCUCCUCAUCCCGCAGCCUUCCAACAGCCCAAAUGAUCCAUUGAACUGGCCACUUUGGCAGCGAGACCUGCUCCUUGUUCUUUACUGCUACUGUAACCUGCUGUGCAUUGGAGGUAUUGGACCUAUCCUUUCCCCCAUGGCGGUCAUUUUACUUGAGGAAUUCAAAAUCAGCUUCACUCAAGUCUCCUUGCUCACGGGAUAUAGUCUGUGUGCUACUGGAGCGGUGGGCAUCUUCAUCUCUGCGUUGGCACGCAAAUAUGGCAAAAGACCUUGUCUGCUUUUCUCGAUCUCCUGUGCCUUCGCUGGUACUCUCUGGGGGGCUAUGCCAAGUCUUAGUGUCGCCAUGUUCGAAAGUGUCAUGUUCUCCGUGAUUGGGGAUCUGUACUAUGUCCACGAGCGAGGAUCCCGAAUGGCCAUCUAUGUCACCUCGAAUUCAGGAGUCGCCAACCUGCCGGCCAUGCUCGCAGGCAAAAUUACCACUGACCUUGGCUGGCGUUGGGUCUUUUGGCUUCUGGCCGUCUUCCUCGGGGUCGCGUGGCUCGGUGUCGUAUUCUUCGGCUGGGAAACAGCCUACAAUCGCAACGAGGUCUACAACAUCGAUACAUCCUCUCAAAAUAACCUCGAGCUCAUAGAGGAGAUGAAAACUGACACGCAUAAUCACGUGGAGCAGACCGCUCUGGAAAGAAGUAGGACUGCGUCAACCACCGCAACUACGAGCCGAACAAAUAUUCUUCAGCGAAUGGCACCUUUCCAAGGUAGCUUCACGGAAGAGUCAAUUCUGAAAAUGGUUCUUCGGCCCUUCUUUAUCUUACUCAACCAAACCGUUGCUUGGGCCGUUCUGCUCAUCGCCUUCCCAACUCUUUGGUUGGUAGGAAUUUCCUUCGUCAUCGCCCAGGUUUUCGCAGCUCCUCCUUAUCUGCUUAGCACGUCAGACUUGGGCUACAUGUCUGCCGGCCCGGUCAUUGGAGGGACCAUUGGGUGCCUCUUGUGCGGGUGGAUUUCGGACCCUAUCGUCAAAAACAUCAGUAGACGCAACAACGGCACAUAUGAGCCCGAAUUCCGCCUCAUACUCAUGAUACUGGCAACCGUCACCUCCGUCCUUGGGUACUUCCUUUUCGGGAAUCUUAUCGUCCAGGGGAAGUCUGUGAUUGGGAUAGCAGCCAUUUGGGCGAUCGUGGUCAGCAGUACUCAGUUUUCGACAGUUGCUAUAGGUGGAUACAUGGUGGAUGCAUUCCGGGACAUCAGCAUUGAGGUCUUCAUCAUCUCGAUGAUCUGCAAGAACUUCCUUUUCUUCGGAUUCACUUAUUUUCUAAACGACUGGAUUGCCAGCUGGGGUCCUGCGAAGAUGUUCAACACGAUUGGUGGAAUACAGCUUGCACUUUGUCUUACGACCAUCCCAAUUUGGGUGUUCGGAAAGCGUUUGAGAGCUUGGUGGCACACCCACGACGUCCUCAGCAAAAUUUGAGGGUGACCGUUACUGGACUGGACAAUGGCACGCAGGAC